AGGGAGGAAGCGGCUCGCGGUGCCGGGCUGAGGCGGGCGGACCGGACAGCGACAGAUUCUUCUCUGACCAUGAGAGAGAGAAAUAAAGAAUGAUCCAUGAUUCUUAAACACCUUGUCUUGAGGAUAUAGUCAUGUUGGAAGGUCUUGUAGCCUGGGUUCUUAACACCUACCUGGGGAAAUACGUCAACAACCUGAACACUGACCAGCUGUCUGUUGCGCUUCUGAAAGGUGCUGUUGAAUUAGAAAACUUGCCAUUAAAGAAAGAUGCCUUGAAAGAAUUGGAAUUACCAUUUGAAGUCAAAGCUGGCUUAAUUGGGAAAGUAACCCUUCAGAUUCCUUUUUAUCGCCCCCAUGUGGACCCUUGGGUGAUCUCCAUCUCCAGCCUUCACUUAAUUGGAGCCCCUGAAAAAAUACAGGAUUUCAAUGAUGAAAAGGAGAAGCUGUUGGAAAGGGAGCGCAAGAAAGCUCUACUUCAAGCCCUGGAGGAAAAAUGGAAGAGUGAACGCCAGCAGAAGGGGGAAUCCUACUGGUACUCAGUCACUGCCUCGGUAGUUACCAGAAUUGUGGAGAAUAUUGAAUUAAAAAUACAAGAUGUCCAUUUGCGCUUUGAAGAUGGUGUUACCAGUCCUUCCCACCCUUUUGCAUUUGGCAUCUGCAUUAAGAAUGUGUCCGUGCAAAAUGCUGUGAAUGAGCCUGUACAGAAAUUAAUGCGGAAAAAGCAAUUAGAUGUGGCAGAGUUUAGCAUCUAUUGGGAUGUUGAUUGCACUUUAUUGGGGGAUUUGCCUCAGGUGGAGUUACAGGAGGCCAUGGACAAGAGCAUGGAGAGUCGCAAUCAUCAUUACAUCUUGGAGCCUGUGUGCGCGUCUGCUCUUUUGAAGAGAAACUGCUCCAAGGAGCCUCUGAGGUCUCGGCACACUCCCCGUAUUGAAUGUGAUAUUCAGCUGGAGACCAUUCCCUUGAAACUUUCUCAGCUGCAAUACCGGCAAAUCAUGGAAUUCCUCAAGGAGCUGGAACGAAAGGAGAGGCAGGUGAAGUUCCGAAAAUGGAAACCGAAGGUGGCCAUAUCUGAGAACUGCCGAGAGUGGUGGUAUUUUGCUUUGAACGCUAACCUGAGUGAGAUCCGAGAGCAGAGAAAGCGUUGUACAUGGGACUUCCUGUUACACCGCGCCCGAGAUGCUGUAUCUUACACUGACAAAUACUUCAGCAAGUUAAAAGGAGGCUUGCUGUCUGCAGACGACAAGGAGGAAAUAUGUCGGAUUGAAGAGGAACAGAGCUUUGAGGAAUUGAAGAUUUUGCGCGAACUGGUUCAUGAACGAUUUCACAAACAGGAAGAACUGGCAGAGAGCCUACGAGAGCCUCAGUUUGAUUCUCCAGGAGACUCUCCUGGAGACCCAGAAGCUGGUGGAGGAAGCGGGAUGCUGCAGUAUCUUCAGUCGUGGUUUCCCGGCUGGGGUGGCUGGUACGGGCAGCAGACGCCAGAAGGGAAACCCGUGGAGGGACUGUCAGCAGAGCAGCAUGAGCAGUGGACUCCUGAGGAGAUCCUGGGCACCGAGGAGUUUUUCGACCCCGCUGCAGAUGCCUCUUGUUUGAACACCUAUACGAAACGAGAUCAUGUCUUUGCCAAACUGAACCUGCAGUUGCAGCGGGGAACUGUGACCCUGUUACACCAGGAGCAAGGGACUCCUCAGACGGAGGAAAGUGCGUUCAUGCAGCUUGAGUUUUCAGAUGUAAAACUUCUAGCGGAAUCUCUUCCUCGAAGAAAUUCCUCCUUGCUCUUAGUCCGGUUGGGUGGACUGUUUCUUCGCGACCUGGCCACAGAAGGAACUAUGUUUCCUCUUCUGGUGUUCCCUAACCCGCAGAAGGAAGUUGGCAGAGUCUCACAGUCUUUCGGUCUCCAGACAACAUCUGCAGACAGAAGUGAUCAUUACCCUGCUGCGGAUCCAGAUGACCCGGUUUUUGAGAUGCUAUAUGAGAGAAAUCCAGUGCACAGCCAUUUUGAGAGGCGCCUGCAUGUCAGCACGAGGCCUUUGAACAUCAUCUAUAACCCCCAGGCUAUUAAAAAAGUAGCAGACUUUUUCUACAAGGGAAAGGUCCAUACCUCAGGUUUUGGUUAUCAGUCUGAACUUGAGUUGAGAGUGGCUGAAGCUGCUCGAAGACAAUAUAAUAAACUGAAGAUGCAGACCAAGGCAGAAAUCCGGCAAACUCUUGAUCGUUUGCUAGUGGGUGAUUUCAUUGAGGAGAGUAAACGGUGGACUGUGCGACUAGAUAUUUCUGCUCCUCAGGUCAUAUUUCCUGAUGAUUUCAAAUUCAAGAAUCCUGUGUUAGUUGUUGUGGAUCUAGGAAGAAUGCUAUUGACAAAUACCCAAGAUGACUCCAAGAGGAAAAGUGGGGAUGGCUCAGCAUCUGAAGAGAAUCAGUUUAGUGAUGAUGAGUAUAAGACCCCGCUUGCCACACCUCCUAACACCCCACCUCCCGAGACAAGCAGCAGUAAUAAUGAGGAGAAAAUACCUCCAUUUUCUGGAGUGGAAUUCAGUGAAGAGCAGCUUCAGGCUCAUUUAAUGAGCACUAAGAUGUAUGAGAGGUACUCCCUGUCGUUUAUGGACCUCCAGGUCAUGGUUGGACGAGUAAAGGACAAUUGGAAGCAUGUCCAGGAUAUAGAUGUGGGACCAACCCAUGUGGUUGAGAAGUUCAAUGUCCACCUACAGUUAGAACGUCGAUUGAUUUAUACUUCAGAUCCCAAGUACCCCGGAGCUGUGCUCUCUGGCAACCUACCAGACUUAAAAAUCCACAUCAAUGAAGAUAAAAUAUCUGCUCUAAAGAAUUGCUUUGCUCUCCUGACCACCCCAGAAAUGAAGACUUCUGAGACUCUUAUUAAAGAGAGGAUUUUUCCCCAAGAGGGACAGCGGGGAAGUUUGCAAGACUCUGUGAUGAAUUUAACACAGAGCUUUGUGAUGUUGGAGCAGCGCACCCGGGAGGUUCUGGUGGAGUCACAGCUGCUCCUGGCUGAGUUUAAAGUGAACUGUAUGCAGCUUGGGGUUGAGAGCAAUGGCCGGUACAUUUCCGUGCUCAAGGUAUUUGGUACCAACGCUCACUUUGUGAAGAGACCUUAUGAUGCUGAAGUCUCCCUAACUGUUCAUGGUUUGCUCCUGGUAGACACCAUGCAGACAUACGGUGCUGAUUUUGACCUUUUGAUGGCUUCACAUAAGAACUUGAGCUUUGAUAUCCCAACAGGAAGCCUCCGGGAUAGCAGGGCCCAGUCUCCUGUCUCUGAAUCCAAUGUGGUCCCUUUCACUAAUGCUGCCACACUGAACGACCCGUCUGCCACUGGUGUUUCACUUGACAGAAUUCUCACCAAAGAACAAGAGUCCCUCAUUAAACUGGAAUAUCAAUUUGUGAGUUCAGAGUGCCCAUCGAUGAAUUUGGACAGCACUCUUCAGGUGAUUUCAUUACAGGUGAAUAAUUUGGAUAUUAUCCUAAAUCCAGAGACAAUUGUGGAGCUGAUUGGUUUUCUUCAAAAAUCCUUUCCUAAGGAAAAAGAUGAUUUGAGUCCUCAACCUUUAGUGACUAAUUUUGAAAGAAGCUUUAGGGAACAAGGAACUUACCAAUCUACAUAUGAACAAAACACUGAGGUUGCAGUGGAAAUCCACAGACUUAACUUACUGCUCCUUCGGACAGUGGGAAUGGCUAAUGGAGAGAAAUAUGGCAGAAAAAUAGCAACAGCAAGUAUAGGUGGCACCAAAGUUAAUGUCUCAAUGGGUAGCACAUUUGACAUGAAUGGUUCUCUUGGCUGUUUGCAGCUUAUGGAUUUGACACAAGAUAAUAUUAAGAACCAGUAUGUUGUCAGCAUCGGGAAUUCCAUAGGCUAUGAAAAUAUCAUCAGUGACAUUGGCUACUUUGAAUCUGUAUUUGUCAGAAUGGAGGAUGCAGCCCUCAGUGAAGCUUUGAGUUUCACAUUUGUUGAGAAAUCUAAACAGGAGUGUUUUCUCAACCUCAAGAUGGCUUCCUUGCAUUAUAACCACUCUGCUAAAUUUUUGAAGGAGUUGACAUUGUCCAUGGAUGAACUGGAAGAAAAUUUUCGAAGUAUGCUGAAAAGUGCAGCCACCAAAGUCACCACAGUACUAGCUACCAAGACAGCCGAAUACAGUGAGAUGGUAUCACUCUUUGAAACUCCAAGGAAGAUGCGGGAAUCCUUUAUCUUAGAAGAAAGUGAAAUAUAUGGGUUUGGCUUAGCUGCAUCUCAUUCUGACACUGUAAAGCUAAUCUUGAACAUAAACAUUGAGUCGCCGGUUGUUUCUAUCCCUCGGAAGCCUGGGAGUCCUGAGUUGUUGGUAGGACACUUGGGACAGAUAUUCAUCCAGAAUUUUGUGGGAGGAGAUGAUGAAUCCAGAAGUGACCGUCUGCAGGUGGAAAUCAAAGACAUUAAAUUAUAUUCUUUGAAUUGCACCCAGUUGGCAGGCAGAGAGGGUCCUGGGUCUGAAGUAGGCCCGGCUUUUUGCCCUCCUUCUGGGUCGGCCAGUGCCAACAGUCAGGAGGAAGCUCAUUUUACCCGACAUGAUUUCUUUGAAUCUUUGCAUAGAGGUCAAGCUUUUCACAUCCUGAACGACACCACCAUUCAGUUUAAACUGGAGAAGAUCCCUAUAGAGAGAGAAUCUGAAUUGACUUUCUCCCUCAGUCUAGACGACCUGGGAACUUGUAGCAUCAUGAAGAUCGAAGGAAAAUUUGUCAAUCCAGUUCAGGUGGUGUUAGCAAAGCAUGUAUAUGAGCAGGUUUUACAAACGCUGGACAAUCUCGUGUAUAGUGAAGAUCUGAAUAAGUUUCCAGUCAGUGCUACCUCCUCACCUUGCCCUAAUUCUCCUCUGCCUUCCCUCAGUACCUGUGGAGAACCUUACAUUGAAAGGAAGGAGAAUGGAUUGUUCAGCCACUCCAGCCUUUCUAACUCUUCUCAAAAGUCCUUGUCUGUGAAGGAAGUCAAAUCCUUUACCCAGAUUCAAGCCAACUUUUGUAUAUCAGAGCUUCAAGUUCAGCUAAGUGGAGAUCUGACUUUGGGGGCCCAGGGUCUUGUGAGCUUAAAGUUUCAGGAUUUUGAGGUGGAAUUCAGUAAAGACCAUCCUCAGACUUUGUCCAUUCAGAUUGCCCUGCGCUCUCUGCUAAUGGAAGACUUACUGGAGAAAAAUCCAGAUUCCAAAUAUAAGAACCUGAUGGUGUCUCGGGGAGCCCCUAAGCCAUCUAGUUUAGCACAAAAAGAAUAUCUUUCUCAGUCCUGCCCUUCAGUAUCCAACGUGGAGUAUCCUGAUAUGCCUCGGUCUCUCCCUUCCCACAUGGAAGAAGCUCCUAAUGUCUUCCAGCUAUAUCAGAGACCCACCUCCGCAUCCCGGAAGAAGCAAAAGGAAGUCCAAGACAAGGACUAUCCCUUGACUCCACCUCCUUCUCCAACAGUAGAUGAGCCCAAGAUACUUACUGGAAAGAGUAAAUUUGAUGAUUCCUUGGUCCAUAUCAAUAUAUUCUUGGUGGAUAAGAAACAUCCAGAAUUCUCUUCCAGUUAUAAUGGAGUUAACCGGAGCAUUGAUGUUGAUUUUAACUGCUUGGAUGUGCUGAUCACACUGCAAACCUGGGUUGUGAUACUAGAUUUUUUUGGAAUUGGCUCCACUGCAGACAACCAUGCAGUGAAGGUACCACCUGAGGACAUUCUACAAAAUGUGAAGUCAGAAUCAAAUGCUGUAAUAGAGUCUGAACUUCAGGAUCCAGUUAACACUAAGCUGGAUCUCAAGGUUCAUUCGCUCUCUCUCGUGCUCAAUAAGACCACCAGUGAGCUUGCUAAAGCAAAUGUGUCCAAAUUAGUGGCACACCUGGAAAUGAUUGAGGGAGACCUGGCCUUACAGGGAAGCAUCGGGAGCCUGUCUCUAAGUGACCUUACAGCCCAUGGAGAGUUCUACAGAGAACGGUUUACUACAAGUGGGGAAGAAGCACUCAUUUUCCAGACUUUUAAGUAUGGACGGCCUGACCCUCUGCUCCGGAGAGAACACGACGUUCGAGUGAGCCUCCAGAUGGCCUCCGUGCAGUACGUGCAUACUCAGCGCUUUCAGGCGGAGGUGGUGGCCUUCAUUCAGCACUUCACUCAGCUGCAAGACGUGUUAGGGCGCCAGCGCGCUGCUAUCGAGGGGCAGACGGUGAGAGAUCAAGCCCAGCGCGGUUCACGGGUUCUCCUGGAUAUUGAGGCUGGUGCUCCUGUUCUCCUUAUCCCAGAAAGUUCCAGAUCAAAUAAUCUGAUUGUAGCAAAUUUGGGGAAGUUGAAAGUCAAGAACAAGUUUCUCUUUGCCGGUUUUCCUGGGACCUUUUCCUUACAAGAUAAGGAAUCUGUGCCUUCAGCUUCCCCAACGGGUACGCCCAAACACAGUCUGAGGAAAAUGACAAGCACGGAGGAGCCAAAGGGGACCCAUUUUCAGGGGCUGUUCGUGAUGCCUCCUGCUGGAAUGAGUCUAGGCAGCCUGAAGAGUGAGUUUGUGCCAAGUGCCUCGACCAAGCAGCAAGGGCAACAAGCCACACCCUCUGUCCGCCAGGUUUCCAGUAGUCCAGAAGACCAUGUCUGCCUGCUGGAUUGCAUUGUUGUGGAUCUACAAGACAUGGACAUCUUUGCUGCAGAGAGACAUCCACGAGAGUAUUCUAAGGCCUCAGAAGACAGUAGUGGAGAUCUGAUCUUCCCCUCCUAUUUUGUGCGACAGACAGGAGGAAGCCUCUUAACUGAGCCUUGUAGGCUGAAAUUGCAGGUGGAAAGGAAUUUGGACAAGGAAAUAAGUCAUACUGUGCCAGACAUAUCUAUCCAUGGCAAUCUCUCCUCAGUUCACUGCUCCCUGGAUUUGUACAAAUACAAGCUGAUCCGUGGUUUAUUAGAGAACAACCUUGGAGAGCCCAUAGAGGAAUUUAUGCGGCCUUAUGAUCUGCAAGAUCCAAGAAUUCAUACUGUUCUGAGCGGAGAAGUGUACACAUGCAUGUGUUUCCUCAUUGAUAUGGUAAAUGUAAGUCUGGAGCUGAAAGAUCCAAAAGUAAAAGAAGGUGCUGGGUCCCUAGCCAGGUUUGACUUCAAGAAAUGUAGACUGCUCUACGAGAGCUUUUCCAACCAAACCAAGUCUGUUAACUUGGUUUCCCACUCCAUGAUGGCUUUUGACACGCGCUGUGCUGGGCAGAAGACCAGCCCUGGCACGACAAACGUAUUCAGCUGUAUCUUUCAGCCCUCCAAGAACAGCAGCACUACCCAAGGAUCCAUUCAGAUCGAGCUGCAUUUCAGAUCUACGAAGGAUUCCUCCUGUUUUACAGUCGUUCUCAACAAUCUCCGCGUGUUUCUCAUAUUUGACUGGCUGCUGUUAGUCCAUGAUUUUCUCCACACUCCCAGUGACAUUAAGAAACAAACUAAUGUUACUCCUCGCCACCGUAACUCUAGCAGCGAAUCUGCUAUAGUUCCCAAAGCUGUGAAAAGUGGAGUAGUUACCAAGCGGUCUUCCCUUCCUGUGUCCACUGAAAGGCACCUGGAGGUCAAGGUCAACGUAACAGGCACGGAGUUUGUGGUCGUGGAGGAUGUGUCCUGCUUUGAUACCAAUGCCAUUAUUCUCAAAGGCACCACAGUGCUUACCUAUAAGCCCCGAUUUGUUGAUCGUCCCUUUUCAGGAAGUUUGUUUGGCAUCGAGGUGUUUUCAUGCCGACUAGGGAAUGAACAUGAUACAGCUCUCUCAAUUGUUGAUCCAGUACAAAUUCAGGUGGAGCUGGUGGGAAAUUCUUCCUAUCAGAACAGUUCAGGAUUGAUGGAUGCAUUCAAUAGUGAAGACUUUCCACCUAUCUUAGAGAUUCAGUUACAAGCUCUGGAUAUCAGGCUCUCCUAUAAUGAUGUUCAGCUGUUUCUUGCCAUUGCAAAAUCCAUCCCAGAACAAGCUAAUGCUGCUGUGCCAGAUGCAGCAGCCUUGGAGGCCAGUUCCGUGAGCACUUACCCUCCGGGUGCGCCUCGAGUUGGAGAGGAAGUCAAAGAAGGGACAAGACAUACCUUAGAUCCUAUCUUGGAGUUACAGCUGGCUAGACUGCAGGAGCUGGGAUUCAGCAUGGAUGAUUGUCGCAAAGCUCUUUUGGUGUGUCAAGGCCAAUUGAAAAAGGCAGCAAGUUGGUUGUUUAAGAAUGCUGAACCUCUGAAGGCUCUUUCCCUGGCCUCUAACAGCCGAGAGAGCCAGGGAACUGUGCCAGCACAGUUAAUCUCGGGUGUGGAGAUUAAAGCUGAGAGCGUGUGCAUUUGUUUCAUCGAUGACUGCAUGGAUUGUGACGUUCCUCUCGCCGAGCUAACCUUUUCCCGUCUGAAUUUUCUUCAGCAUGUAAGAACCAGCCCUGAAGGCUACGCCCACUUUACCCUUUCUGGAGAUUAUUAUAACCGUGCACUGUCAGGCUGGGAGCCAUUUAUAGAGCCAUGGCCAUGCUCUGUGUCCUGGCAGCAACAGGCAGCUAGUCGUCUCCAUCCUCCUCGACUGAAGCUGGAAGCCAAGGCCAAACCCCGUUUGGAUAUCAAUAUCACUUCUGUACUAAUUGACCAGUAUGUAAGUACCAAGGAGUCGUGGAUGGCAGAUUACUGUAAACAGGACAAGGAAAUAGAUUCAACCACAUCAGAAGACUGGAUGGGCUCUUCAGUGGAUCCUCCAUGCUUUGGACAAAGCCUCCCCCUUGUCUACCUUAGAACUAGGAGUACAGCCAGUCUGACUAACCUAGAGCACCAGAUCUAUGCUAGAGCAGAGGUGAAAACCCCCAAGCGCCGGCAGCCAUUUGUCCCUUUUGCUCUCAGGAAUCACACAGGCUGCACUCUGUGGUUUGCCACCCUGACCACCACGCCCACCAGGGCUGCACUGUCUCACAGUGGGAGUCCAGGGGUGGUUCCAGAAGGGAACGGAACAUUUUUUGAUGAUGCUCACAACGUUAGUGAAUGGCGGGAAGUCCUCACGGGUGAAGAGAUUCCCUUUGAAUUUGAAGCAAGAGGAAAGCUAAGACACAGACACACCCAUGACCUCCGGAUUCAUCAGCUGCAAGUGAGAGUAAAUGGCUGGGAGCAAGUGAGCCCAGUGUCUGUGGACAAAGUUGGGACAUUUUUCCGAUACGCAGCACCAGAUAAAAAUUCAUCUUCCUCGACGAUUGGCAGCCCAAGCAGCAGAACGAAUAUUAUUCAUCCCCAGGUUUAUUUCUCUUCACUCCCACCUGUCCGGGUGGUCUUUGCCGUGACUAUGGAAGGCAGUGCUCGGAAAGUAAUCACUGUCCGAUCAGCCCUGAUUGUGAAGAACAGACUCGAGACGCCAAUGGAACUAAGAUUGGACAGCCCAUCAGCUCCAGACAAGCCCGUGGUGCUUCCCGCCAUCUUGCCGGGGGAUUCGUUUGCUGUGCCUUUGCAUCUCACUUCUUGGCGGCUGCAGGCCCGGCCCAAAGGAUUGGGUGUGUUUUUCUGUAAGGCUCCUAUUCACUGGACCAAUGUAGUGAAGACGACAGAGGUUAGUAGCAGCAAAAGAGAGUGCCACUCUAUGGACACGGAAAAAAGCCGGUUCUUCAGGUUUUGUGUGGCCAUAAAGAAAGAGAAUUAUCCAGAUUACAUGCCCUCAAACAUAUUUUCUGACAGUGCAAAACAGAUUUUCAGACAGCCUGGGCACACCAUAUAUCUCCUGCCAACUGUGGUCAUCUGCAACUUGCUGCCCUGUGAACUUGACUUUUAUGUCAAAGGAGUGCCAAUCAAUGGGACACUGAAACCCGGCAAAGAGGUGGCUCUGCACACAGCUGACACAUCCCAGAACAUUGAACUGGGGGUAUCGCUGGAGAAUUUUCCACUCUGUAAAGAAUUGCUCAUUCCACCUGGAACUCAAAACUACAUGGUAAGAAUGCGACUCUAUGACGUCAGCCGGCGGCAGCUGAACCUCACCAUCCGGAUUGUGUGUCGAGCAGAAGGAUCCUUGAAGAUCUUCAUUUCUGCUCCAUAUUGGUUGAUUAACAAAACAGGGUUACCACUGAUCUUCAGACAGGACAAUGCAAAGACAGAUGCUGCAGGCCAGUUUGAAGAACAUGAGCUGGCCCGGAGCCUGAGCCCUCUCUUAUUCUGCUAUGCUGACAAAGAGCAGCCAAACCUCUGCACGAUGAGAGUCGGAAGGGGAAUUCAUCCUGAAGGCAUGCCAGGCUGGUGUCAGGGCUUCUCACUGGAUGGUGGUAGUGGUGUCCGAGCUUUGAAAGUCAUCCAGCAAGGAAACCGCCCAGGGCUGAUCUAUAACAUUGGUAUUGAUGUCAAGAAAGGCCGAGGUCGAUAUAUUGACACCAGUAUGGUCAUCUUUGCCCCCCGUUACCUGUUAGAUAAUAAAUCAUCUCACAAGCUUGCAUUUGCACAGAGGGAAUUUGCCAGGGGACAGGGAACCGCCAAUCCCGAAGGUUACAUUUCCACCCUUCCUGGUUCUAGUGUGGUGUUCCAUUGGCCUCGGAAUGACUAUGAUCAGCUGUUGUGUGUCAGACUGAUGGAUGUUCCCAAUUGUAUUUGGUCUGGAGGCUUUGAAGUCAACAAAAAUAAUUCCUUCCAUAUCAACAUGAGAGAUACCCUGGGAAAAUGCUUCUUCCUGCGCGUGGAAAUUACUCUCCGAGGAGCUACCUAUAGGAUCUCCUUUAGUGACACGGAUCAGUUACCCCCUCCUUUCCGAAUCGACAACUUCUCUAAGGUCCCGGUUGUCUUUACUCAGCAUGGUGUAGCCGAACCCAGGCUCCGAACUGAAGUGAAGCCCAUGACUUCAUUGGAUUAUGCCUGGGAUGAACCUACCCUGCCACCUUUUAUCACUCUGACUGUUAAAGGGGCAGGUUCCUCUGAGAUCAACUGCAACAUGAAUGAUUUCCAGGAUAACCGACAGCUUUAUUAUGAAAAUUUCAUUUACAUCGCUGCUACAUAUACAUUCUCUGGUUUACAGGAGGGGACAGGAAGGCCUGUGGCUUCCAACAAGGCCAUUACCUGUGCUGAGCUUGUCUUGGACGUCUCUCCAAAGACACAAAGAGUCAUUUUAAAGAAGAAGGAACCAGGGAAGCGUUCUCAGCUGUGGAGGAUGACUGGAACAGGCAUGCUGGCUCAUGAGGGCUCUUCGGUGCCUCACAACCCCAAUAAGCCCUCAGCAGCCCGCUCUACCGAGGGGUCUGCCAUCUUAGAUAUUGCUGGUCUGGCUGCAGUGACUGACAACAGAUAUGAGCCACUGAUGCUGAGAAAGCCUGAUCGCAGGCGAAGCACAACUCAGACAUGGAGUUUCCGAGAAGGAAGACUGACCUGUGGGCUACAUGGGCUGGUUGUCCAGGCCAAAGGAGGGCUUUCUGGUUUGUUUGAUGGAGCUGAAGUUGUUCUUGGUCCUGACACUUCCAUGGAGCUUUUGGGGCCAGUUCCACCUGAACAACAAUUUAUUGACCAAAAAAUGAGGCCUGGUUCUGGAAUAUUAUCCAUCAGAGUCAUCCCAGAUGGACCAACUAGAGCACUCCAGAUAACAGAUUUCUCCCAACGGAAAAGUGACCGUUCGUCAUAUGAAGUGGAUGAACUUCCUGUUACUGAACAAGAGUUGCAGAAAUUAAAGAAUCCAGAUACAGAGCAGGAAUUAGAAGUGCUUGUGAAGUUAGAAGGUGGAAUUGGGUUGUCCUUAAUUAACAAAGUCCCAGAAGAACUGGUCUUUGCAAGUCUCACAGGAAUCAAUGUGCACUAUACACAGCUGGCAACCAGUCAUAUGCUUGAACUCAGCAUACAGGAUGUACAGGUGGACAAUCAGCUCAUUGGUACCACUCAGCCCUUCAUGCUCUAUGUGACUCCCCUGAGCAAUGAGAACGAGGUCAUCGAGACAGGCCCUGCCGUGCAAGUGAAUGCGGUGAAGUUCCCCAGUAAGAGUGCACUGACCAACAUCUACAAGCAUCUGAUGAUUACAGCUCAGAGAUUCACAGUGCAAAUUGAAGAGAAACUGCUCCUCAAGCUGCUAAGUUUCUUUGGCUACGAUCAAGCAGAAUCAGAGGUGGAAAAAUAUGAUGAAAACCUCCAUGAAAAGACAGCUGAGCAAGGUGGAACACCGAUUCGAUACUACUUUGAAAAUCUCAAAAUCAGCAUUCCCCAGAUCAAGCUAAGUGUGUUCACCUCCAAUAAGCUACCAUUGGAUCUUAAGGCCCUAAAAAGUACCUUGGGAUUUCCAUUGAUUCGAUUUGAAGAUGCUGUAAUUAAUCUGGACCCAUUCACUCGGGUACAUCCCUAUGAGACCAAGGAGUUCAUCAUCAAUGAUAUCCUCAAACAUUUCCAGGAGGAACUCCUCAGCCAGGCAGCUCGGAUCCUGGGAUCAGUGGACUUUCUCGGCAAUCCCAUGGGGCUUUUGAAUGAUGUUUCUGAAGGGGUCACUGGACUGAUAAAGUAUGGAAAUGUUGGGGGCCUUAUCAGAAAUGUUACACACGGAGUAUCAAACUCUGCUGCCAAGUUUGCGGGGACAUUAUCCGAUGGUUUAGGAAAGACGAUGGACAAUCGGCAUCAGUCAGAGCGGGAGUACAUCAGAUACCAUGCAGCCACAAGCGGGGAACACCUUGUAGCCGGCAUCCAUGGCCUGGCUCAUGGUAUCAUUGGUGGAUUGACCAGUGUUAUAACCUCAACAGUGGAAGGUGUGAAAACAGAAGGAGGUGUCAGCGGUUUCAUAUCUGGCCUUGGGAAAGGGCUUGUUGGCACUGUAACCAAGCCAGUAGCAGGCGCCCUGGAUUUUGCAUCAGAAACAGCCCAGGCGGUGAGAGACACAGCGACGCUUAGUGGCUCCAGGACUCAAGCACAGAGGGUUCGGAAACCACGCUGCUGCACGGGGCCCCAGGGGCUGCUUCCCCGCUAUUCUGAGAGCCAGGCAGAAGGGCAGGAGCAGCUCUUCAAACUAACAGACAACAUACAAGAUGAAUUCUUCAUCGCCGUGGAGAACAUCGAUAGCUACUGUGUGCUCAUCUCCUCCAAAGCGGUUUACUUCCUGAAAAGUGGAGACUACGUGGAUCGAGAGGCCAUUUUCCUGGAAGUCAAAUACGACGAUCUCUACCACUGCCUCGUCUCCAAAGACCACGGGAAGGUGUAUGUGCAGGUGACCAAGAAGGCAGUGAACACGAGUAGCGGAGUGUCCAUCCCCGGCCCUUCCCACCAGAAACCCAUGGUCCAUGUGAAAUCAGAGGUCCUCGCUGUCAAGUUAUCACAAGAAAUAAACUAUGCAAAGAGCCUUUACUAUGAACAGCAACUUAUGUUAAGACUCAAUGAAAAUCAAGAGCAGUUGGAGCUGGACUCCUGAAAAAUCCCAGCUGCUGGAGAGACGCCCCAGACACAGCCCAGCCAGGCAGGAGGAAGGAGGCCCACAGGCUUGGCUCCAGUUAGAGGCAAACCAGAAUAAGGUUUGGGGGACGACAUCAAGGGACAAGGGAAAGUAAAUACAGAUGAGGGGGAUACAAGUGGAAACUGUAUUAAUUUGUGGGGCGGGGGUUACUUUAGAUUAUGGGGAAGUAAUUUUUGAAAGGUCUUUGUGGAAUAACGUAAAAAAAAAGUGUACUGAGAUGAAUCUAAUUUUUAGAUUUCCCCGUAUUUUGUUAACGUGUAUAUAUGUACAACUGUGUGUUUGUAAAUAUAUAGGAGUGUUUCUGAA